CCGCGGGGUGUUUGAUACUACUUUUUUUUUUUCGCUUGCCAAUUGCGACGUGUUUUUCCUCGCCGACAGGCAUCAAUUACGUAUAUUGUAUGCUCUGAGAAGGCAUCUCUUAUACUGUCUGUUUUCCUAAUCUGAUUAAUCCAGAUAAGCCUACUUGCUACUCUACCAUGUCUCCACCCGCCAUCAUCGCCCCCUCCAUCCUCAGUGCAGACUUUGGGAACCUGGGCGCAGAAUGCUCGACAAAGAUAGCUCAAGGGGCGGAUUGGCUCCAUGUUGACAUCAUGGAUGGCCAUUUCGUGCCGAACAUCACCUUCGGCGCCCCCGUGGUGACCAUGAUCCGGUCCCACGUUGACCGGCCAUCAGAGCCCAGCGGCAAGGGGACAUUCGACUGCCAUAUGAUGAUUGCAGAGCCCCAUCGAUGGGUCAAGGAGUUCAAGAACGCCGGGUGCGACCUAUACUGUUUUCACUACGAAGCGGCCAUCUCCUCUGUGGCAGCGACCGAACCGGCUGAUAAGACGACCACACGUAAAACUAGUCCGAAGGAGCUCAUCCGGUAUAUUCAUGAGCAGGACAUGCAGGCUGGGAUUGCGAUCAAGCCGGACACACCGGUCGAUGUCCUAUGGGAGAUUCUGGAGAACAAGGAAGCCAUUGAGCGGCCGGAUAUGGUUCUUGUGAUGACCGUUCACCCCGGCUUUGGAGGACAGAAAUUCAUGGCCUCGGAACUGCCAAAGGUGCAAGCCCUGCGCGAGAAAUACCCGGACCUGAACAUCGAGGUAGACGGCGGAUUGGGCCUGGGAACGAUCGACCAAGCGGCCGAUGCGGGUGCCAACGUGAUUGUUGCCGGGUCUGCGGUCUUUGGUGCACAGGAUCCGGGCGAUGUGAUUACCAAGCUGCGCGAGGCCGUCAACAAGAGACGCUCGUAGUACGCCUAUCCUUUAUAUCGUGUGCAUUUAUACAUGAAAAAAAAAAUAGUUGUAUCUAAUCUAGUGUUUAUGACUUCAAAAACAUAUGUCCAUUCCGCACUCGACAAUACCAACGAAAGACGCAAUUUGGUAUCUCUACAAUCGAAAAGAUGACGAAGAGGCAAUAAGACUGAAAAAGAAGAGAGGGAGGGAGAGGGAGAGAGGGAGAGCGCGUCUUAAUCAUCGACACUGGUGGUAGCCUCUUCAGCCGCCUUGGGAUCCUGCUUUUGAGUAAGAGGUUCCUCUCCAUCCUUCCCAGCAUCCCCGGGAGUGCUAACACUCUCCGCCAGUACCGUGGUGGCUUCUGCCUCUGGUUCCUCCGGUUCCUCCUUGAUAACCGCCUCAUCCUUUGCGGUGCCUUUCGCUUCGUUCUCGCCCUCCCUCUCACUCUUGAGCCCGCUAACACACUCCGG